GUUAUGGCUUGGAAAGGAACACGAAAAUUAUGGGUCCUUAUUUUCAUUGCAUUUCGUAACUUCACUGAUGGUUGUGAGAACAACUUUAUCGCUCCAACAGCGUGGUACUAUAUUGAGUCAUUAGGAAAGACAAAAUGGUUCCUUGCAAUUGUCUUAAGUUCAUUCAACUUAUCGGCUCUUAUCGCAUCGCCAAUUGUGGGAUGUAUUGCUGAUCGCUUUGGGCAUGUCAAGUUUUUAAUUAUGCUAACCUACGUUGCAAAAGUCUUAGGUAACCUUUUAUACAGUGUCAAUACAUCCGCAUAUUUUCCUCUAUUUGGCAGAACCAUUAGCGGCAUUGCUGAGAGUUCGUUUGGAAUUUUUAUGGCACAAGUUGCGCUUUACACAACUGCAAAGGAUCGCGCGGGUGUAUUUGCUGUUUUGGAAGGCGUGUUUGUGCUUGGUGCUGCUUGCGGUCCAGCAAUCGGUAGUUUUGUUACCUUUAAUACGACAAUACUUGGCUGGAAAAUAGACGCGGGAAAUUCGCCUGGUAUUGUAUUGACAGUGAUUUGGUGUUUGUCCUUCAUUGGAUUGUUUUGGUUACCGAAGGAAUUUGGAGAAAAAUCGAAUAAGAAGAAAAAGGAAGUUGAAAUCACGACUGAUACCGAAGAAGAUCAGAGAUUUACCAAAGAAGACCGGAAGUUGAGCGAAGAACAUCGGAUUUCGACUGAAGAAGACCGAAAGUUGACCGAAAGAGAGCGAAGAUUGUCCGAUCACAAGCCGAGUGAUGAUUGGAACUCCAGAGUGUUAUGCCUGUUUUAUCUUAUGUUUUGGAACGCGAUGUUCUCAAAUACUUCGACAUUCUACACCCCUCUACUAGGAAUGGAUAUUCUUCAUCUAAAAGUUAUUCAUAUAAAGUUAUAUUUCCUAAACGGUUCUCUGACUAUGCUGGUUAUAUUGAUUGGAAUGUAUGUUACUUCGGAUUUCUUUAAAGAACGAAAGGUUUUCGUGUUUUCCAUGAUAAUGCAGAUCAGUGCUAUAUCACUCCUCGCUUUAUUCGUCUUCACUUGGCAUGAUGACAUAGACACCCAUUACUAUAUUUUAUUGUUGUAUAUCUGUCUUGGUAUGCCGUAUUUUGCGUUCCCUUCUGGAUGUUCUCUCUUGUCAAAAAUUACACACCAUCGGAAUUCGGCCUUCUUUCAAGGCUCAUCUCUAGCGAUUAUGCACUUGGCAGUGGUUGUAGCUCGUUUGACAGCUAGUUUUAUUUUUUCUCAGCUGGCUCUGGAGUGCUAUAGCCUUGGACUAGCUUUCUUCUGGCUUGUUGGUGUUAUAUGGUUUGGUGUACUAUACCGCACAUUUUAG